ACAUCAAAGUGAAAUAUAGUAUUUAGUUAUUUUUUCUUUCAAUUCAUGCCUAUUGGUGUUCCAAAAGUACCUUUCCGAAUUCCUGGAGAGGAAGAUGCAUCUUGGGUUGACGUAUACAACCGACUUUAUCGAGAAAGAUUACUUUUUUUAGGACAAGAAGUUCAGAGCGAGAUCUCGAAUCAACUUAUGGGUCUUAUGGUAUAUCUCAGUAUUGAGGAUGAUACCAAAGAUCUGUAUUUGUUUAUAAACUCUCCUGGCGGAUGGGUAAUAUCUGGAGUAGGUAUUUAUGAUACUAUGCAAUUUGUGCGACCAGACGUCCAUACAAUAUGCAUAGGAUUAGCCGCGUCAAUGGGAUCUUUUAUCCUGGUUGGAGGAGAAAUUACCAAACGUCUAGCAUUCCCUCACGCUUGGGUAAUGAUCCAUCAACCUGCUAGUUCUUUUUAUGAGGCGCAAGCGGGAGAAUUUAUCCUGGAAGCGGAAGAACUGCUGAAAAUACGCGAAACCCUCACAAGGGUUUAUGUAGAAAGGACGGGCAAACCAUUAUGGGUUGUAUCUGAAGACAUGGAAAGAGACGUUUUUAUGUCAGCAACAGAAGCCAAAGCUUAUGGAAUUGUUGAUCUUGUAGCAGUUGAAUGAAAAAAAAAAUGGAUUUUGUGCAAAUCCGUGAUUUGAGAUUUUAUCUCCGAGUUUACUAUUCUAUUAAAUAGAAUAAAUUCAUAAUCAUCCGGUUAGGAUCAAUCUAAACCAGCCCAUUAUGUAUAUCAUUCAACAUGCCAACUAUUAAACAACUUAUUAGAAAUGCAAGACAGCCAAUUCGAAAUGUCACGAAAUCCCCCGCUCUUCGGGGAUGUCCUCAGCGUCGAGGAACAUGUACUAGGGUGUAUGUGCGACUCGUUUAGAUCAUGAGCUGACACAAAAAAA